AUGAACACGGUUUUCCAUCGUAAAACGCAGGAAGUGUUGCGGCACAACUACGCGGCGACGCUAACGCGGGUGCCGUUCUUCGCGCAAGCGGAGCCGGACUUCACGAACGCGAUCGCGGAGCGGCUUAACGCCGAGUACUACCAGCCGCACGACGUGAUCGCCCGCCGUGGCGCCAUGGCUCAGAAGGUGUACUUCAUGCGAUCCGGUGUGGCCAACGUGCUCAGCGAGAAGGACGAGCUGCUCGACACCUACACCACGGGAGACUACUUCGGCCAAUCGUGCCUGUUGGGCGCCAAGGUUCGCCAGGACAACGUCGUUGCCCUGAAUCACUGCAACAUUCUCACGCUGCUGGCGACCGACUUUCACGAGGUGAUGGGACGCUUCCCGUCGGUGCGAGGCAUCUUCCAGACGCUGCUGUUCGAGAUGAACUCGCAAGAGCACGCGGAGCGGCGUCGACGUCAGACGCUGCGCAGGCCGUCGUCGGUGCUCAUCCUACCUGAACUGCGGCGCAUGGGCGCCAUCACGCCUUCUUCUACGGACACCACCGACGAAGGCAGUCCGGCGCACAGCAUCCUUGACAUCGACACAAACACCAAGCCACCGACGUCCCAGAGCGGCCCUCCUGCUGUCCCGAAGGCCAGCCGUAACCUGAGCGUGUGCAUCCGGUCGCCUGCACUCGAUGAGGAGGAGGAGGAGGAGAAGGCUGAGGACGAUCCCUCGGCCGCCGUCUAUGUGCGCGAGAGCCACGACCCGGGCGACGGAGCUCGGCGUGAUGGCAGCGACGUCGGUGGCACUGACGCCGGGGGCAGUAGUUCCCGCUGCAAGCAGUCGUGAUGACGCGGCCAGAAGCACUGCUGACGUUGCUGAACACUCGUGAAACGGUCGCUGCAACCAAUAGCGGCCUUCGUUCUUAUACGCUAACAG